AUGUCCAACGGCUACUCGGGCAUGCUGGAUAGGAGCCCGUGCGGGAGCGGGACGUGUGCGAUCAUGGCGCUCCUCCACGCGCGCGGCGAGCUCGAUCUAGGCGAGCGCUUCGUCCACGAGUCCGUCGUGGGUUCGGUUUUUACCGGGGAGCUCGUUGGGGUGACGGCCGAGGGCGUCGUGCCCGCGAUCACGGGGAGCGCCUGGAUCACGCGCUACGCCGAGGUCGUCGUCGACCCGACCGACCCGUUUCCCGAGGGGUUCCGGGUGGGGGAUAUCUGGUAG